UCCCUUUACCAUACAUGCUGUUCAGUUCUCAAUAGACUUUCUGCAGUCGAAGGAAUGAUGUCUUAUCUCGAGAUGGAUACUACGGCACUUAACAUAGUCUCAUCAGAGCCCUCGACACCUACACUCACCAAUGGAGAUCCACUUUCUAAAUUGUGGGCCAUGGCCCGUCUCGGAUCACCUCUUUGCACCAUCUUCAAUGUCCUCUCACCAGAAACACCACUCCAUAUAGACGCUGAUCCAACUCACAGCACACUAAACACAUGCAAAAAGAGUAUAUAUCAUUUUCUCGUGGGUUGCCGAAAUCAGCUAGCUUUUACUGAAGAAGACGUCUUUACCAUCUCCGAUCUUUACCAAGACGACACCAAUGGAUUUGUAAAGGUUGUCAAUACUAUCAGCAAACUUCUUCUUCUCUUGGAAGAGCGGGGUAUCAUCUCUGCCCAUUCCUCUCAUCGAAACUCGGAUCCUAAUGCUCCUAAGGAUACACGUGACAAAGUUAUCCUAGAACUCAUAGAAACGGAGCGCAAAUAUGUCCAGGACAUGGAAUUACUACAGAAUUACAUGCGUGAAUUACAAUCCCAAAAUAUCGUUUCGUCCGAUUGUGUUCAUUAUCUCUUUGGCAAUCUUAAUUCACUCGUCGAUUUUCAACGUCGCUUCCUAUUCCAAUUAGAGGAGAUCGUCGAGAAAUCACCCGAAGAACAACGUGUAGGAUACUUGUUUACUCAGAUGGAAGAUGCAUUCGCAGUAUACGAACCCUACUGCGCAAACUAUUUCUCUGCCCAAUACUUGGUAGUCCAAGAAGCGCCAAAACUUCAAAAACUAGCCGACAUCUUGAACCCAAUUUAUGAACUACCAUCGAUUCUCAUCAAACCCAUACAGCGUAUCUGCAAAUAUCCCCUUCUCUUGGGACAGCUACUCAAAAGCACCAGCAAAGAUUGGGCAUAUUACCAAGAGACCGAACAAGCUCUUGAGGCUAUCCGAAGAGUUGCUGACAAAGUUAACGAGACCCAGCGUCAACAUGAAAACGUUCAAGCAGUCGAAGAACUCAAACGGAGAGUAUGCGAUUUAGAGGAUCUGGCUAUAGAAACCUAUGGACACUUGCUUCUUCAAGACAAGAUGAUCGUGUCAAUCAAUGAAAGCGACCGAGAGCUCCACUGUUUCUUGUUUGAAAAGACCCUCCUGAUGUGCAAAUACAUCAAGGAAUCCAAAAACAUCCUCACAAAGGGAACCACUCUCUCCAUCAAAAAGAAGAGACGCGGAAGUCUGCAAUCAAAGUGCACAAUCUAUGCCAGUCGUAUCCUGGGCGUCCACAAUAAGUCAACUCCGGGCUUGUGGUCACUUUUGGUGGAGUACAAAGAACGAGAGGUUGAGCAAUUCUCGCUUCGGUUCCGCAACGAAGAGCAGCUGAAGAAAUGGGAGGCUACAUUCUUAAAGAUCAAGGUCACCCAUAAGGCAAAUGUCCCCAAUACCCAUCUUCUCAAUACAGCACACUCACCUAUUGGUAGUGGUGGCAAUCAGCAGCAAUGGGAUGAUUUACCUCAGCUUCCUAUCAGCUCACGUACACCCUAUCACAAUCUACACAUCGUUCGUCCCACAACCUCCACGCCCCGUCUCGGAGAAUCCCAUGCACAACAGCACUCUCCUAUUGAUCGCACCAUGCCUAGUUCCCCUGGAUCUGUGAAGGUCAAAUUGAGUUACCAUGAUGGAAUCUAUGUGAUCGUUGUCCCUCAAGAAGCCUCUUUCUUGGAGUUGAUGGAGAGAGUUGAGCGUAAGAUCCGGCUGGUUGCGAAUCUCAAGCCAAAAGAAAUGCUGAGACUCAAGUAUCAAGAUGAGGACGGUGAUCAUAUUACUAUCAAUUCUGAUGAAGAUGUUCAGAUGGCAUUCGAGAGUCGCGGUAUUCACAACACUGUCAAUCUUUUUGUCAGC